AUGGCAGUCGAGUGCACCGGUUGCAAGAAGUCGCCGCCCGAGGUCACCCUCAAGCACUGUGCGAAAUGCUCCACGUCCCUGUACUGCUCGAGGGACUGCCAGAAGGCCGACUGGAAAGCCCAUAAGAAGGUCUGCGGCAAGCAAGCCGGCGGCGGCGGCGGCGGCGGACCGUCGCACACGUCCGCCGAGCGGGCAAGCGCCGGGAGGCUCUCGCCUCCCAAGGGCCUCGACAGCGGCGUCGCGGACCCCUUUACUCGUCUGGACAAGGGCACCUGGCUGCACGACCGGUCGGAGGGGGACGUCUUCCGGCUCCUCAUCGACGCCUACCGGCUGCGCAUCGAGGACACGCACAACUUCGACGGCGAGGUGGAGGAGGGCAGCAUCUACGACGGCGGCUCGAACGGGCUGCGAGGCUUCCAGCGCUUCCUGGGCCGCGUGGCUGCCCGGCCGGGCCUGCUGCCGGCGUGGUGGGACGACGGCAAGCGGGCGGACUGCGAGGCGCUCGGCGCGACGGCGGGGGGCCAGUGGCACGACCUGGCCUGCGCCGUCGAAAAGGCCGACAUCGUCGAGCACUACGGCGACGCGCGGUUCCCGAUGCAGCUUCGCAUGUUUGCGGAAGCGGUGUACGGGAGGGGGCCGGGCGGGGUGGACGGCACGGGGAUGAGGCGGAUGAUGAUGGCGUCAGAACAGGGCCUGACGGAUGACAUGCAUACGGCCAUGUUGGACGCGUCGGGCAUGUUUGGCCGCCGCUGA